CCGCUAUUGCCGCCUGGAUUCGUUGCCCUCAGUCGCCGCACUGGGGAAAAGGGUUGGGGUGCCGCACGAUGCCCUAUAAAAGAGAGACUCCUCGCAAACUCUUGAAUCGACGUCGCGAGGUCCAGUCGUACGCGUCGCGAGGUCCAGUCGUACGCGUCGCUUUGUCCACACAUCUAGCGCCACUCCAAGAGCUGACGUGUACUGUAGCACACAAUGCCCGACCUAAGAGGAAAAGUGGCCCUCAUAACUGGCGCCUCGGCGGGCAUUGGCGAAAGCACGGCAAAGCAUUUUGCUUCGCUUGGCUGCUGGCUCUCCCUCAAUGCGCGGAACACCGCGAAUCUGGAGAGAGUGGCCGAGGCUUGCUGCGCACUGGGGCUUCCACGGGACAAGGUUAACAAUGCGGCAAUUCCUGCACGAGGAUCAAUUGAAAGUGCCUCAGUGGAAGACUUCAACCGAUCGUGGCAGACGAACUUCCUCGGUCCUCUCUGCAUGAUCAAAAACGCUGUGCCCUACUUGCGUCAAGCUAAAGGUAGCAUCGUCAACAUUUCUAGCAUUUCAUCGCUGGUACCGGUUCCCCUCAACGUGCCUUACAGUGUCGCCAAAGUAGCCCUGGACCACCUGACGCGAUGUGCUGCACUAGAGAACGCUCCGUAUGGUGUACGUGUCAACUCAAUCCCCUCCUGGACAAAUUCGUCGGUCCUAUGCUUGCACUGGGACGAGUGGGCACACCGGACGAAGUUGCCGACUGCAUCGCCUUCCUAGCAUCCGAUGAUGCCGCGUUUGUCACGGGGACCAUUAUGCCCGUCGAUGGGGGCUUAAUCGUUCUGUCCAGCGUCUCGGGUCCCGCUCAAUCGUCGGAUACGCACUAGACUGCGCCACACGCCAAUGACAUAACCUUUUCAUGCUGACAAGGUACACUGCAAGAUCUAUGUACACGCUAUAUUUUAUAUAAAUAACUCCACUGUCUUGUAAAUCAAUUAAUGUUUGGCGACUCGAGCUCUUCAGAGAAACAAUUUUGGUUUUGCUGAGCUUUGUGAGGCUAAACAGGAUGCAUACACGGCUCUGCAAUGCAGUAAAUAUUGGACGAAAAGUUACGCAUGCUAACGCGAAUUGCUUACAAGGUGCAGGUUUCAUUAUGGAGGACGCACGUCGAACGUGCUGCCUUCGUUAAGCACUUAACACCUAAGGGCAAAAUAACGUUAUCUGCAGUCUGCCGUGCGUCUCCUUGAUUACUGUGGCUAAAAAUAUUGGACGAAGUUCUUGCUUUCCUUUCUUGGCGCUUCUUUUGCAAAAAUACCUUGUGUCCCUACAGCUUGACUCCCAUCGUGGUCGCAUGUUAUUGUGAUGAAUGCGCUCUAGUAAAUUCUUGAACAAGUGGCAAUGUGAAAGAAGCUAGCCAACAAGCCGCGCACUCCUAGACAUGACAAAACGUACACAUUUCAGUACACGGUUUCUUUUUUCACAUUCUUUGUCGCCACUACAUGUUGUGCAGGAUGUCGGCUCCAAAAAGUCUGCUGAAAAAGUUGAAUAAAACUCACUGAAAAAUCCA